AACUGUUUCCCUCUUAUUUUGUGAUAGUAGCUACCCCACCUCCUUACUAAUUUUCUCAAAGUCUCUCUUACAUGCAAAACUUUAUAUGUCUGCAUGCGUGUAUAGUACUAACAAGUGGAUCUUGCAGGUUGCCACAUCAUGUGCACUAGCUGCACAUAAAUUACAGCGCCCAGUAAGGAUAUAUCUUAAUCGAAAGACAGAUAUGAUAAUGGCUGGAGGAAGGCAUCCUAUGAAGAUAACAUACAGUGUUGGGUUUAGGAAUGAUGGUAAGAUUACGGCACUCAAACUUCAAAUUCUGGUCAAUGCAGGGAUAUACGUAGAUAUAAGUGCAAUAAUGCCACAUAAUGUAGUUUCUGCACUAAAAAAGUACGAUUGGGGUACGCUAGCUUGUGAUAUAAAGGUAUGCAGAACAAACCAUCCCAGCAGAUCUGCUAUGAGGGGCCCUGGGGAAGUGCAGGGAUCAUUUAUUGCUGAAGCUAUUAUAGAAAAUGUAGCAGCUACACUUUCAAAGGAUGUAGACUCCGUCAGAAGCAUUAAUCUUCACACAUACAAUAGUCUUCAGUCAUUCUAUGAGUACUCUCAUGGUGAACCUAAUGAGUAUACCUUGCCUAUAAUAUGGAAUGAGUUAGCUGUUUCUGCAAACUAUGACCAGAGAACCAAAAUGGUGCAAGAGUUUAACAGGAUUAACACCUGGAAGAAAAGGGGAAUCUCUCGAGUACCAGUUGUGAUUCAAUUGAUGCAAAGACCAACUCCUGGAAAAGUAAGUAUUUUUUCAGACGGGUCUGUUGUUGUUGAAGUUGGAGGAAUUGAAGUGGGUCAGGGUCUCUGGACGAAGGUGAAACAGAUGGCUGCAUAUGCUCUUGGGGCUAUUCAAUGUGAUGGAAUUGGAGGUCUCUUGGACAAAAUACGGGUUAUACAAUCUGAUACUGUGAGCUUGAUUCAAGGAGGAUUCACUGCUGGGAGCACUACAUCAGAGUCAAGCUGCGAUGCAGUUAGGCUUAGCUGUAAUAUCUUGGUAGAGAGGCUAAAGCCUCUUAAGGAAAACCUGCAGAAGGAAAUGGGCUCUAUCAACUGGGAGACCCUUAUUCUUCAGGCAUACAUGCAAGCUGUGAACUUAUCAGCAUCUUCAUUUUAUGUACCCAGCAUGAGCUCCAUGAGCUACCUUAAUUAUGGUGCUGCAAUAAGUGAGGUGGAAAUAGAUCUUCUGAAUGGUGAAACCAGAUUCUUGCAAACAGAUAUUAUUUAUGAUUGUGGACAGAGUCUUAACCCUGCUGUGGAUUUAGGACAGAUUGAAGGAGCUUUUGUCCAGGGAUUGGGGUAUUUCAUGCUUGAACAAUACCAAACAAAUCUUGAUGGUUUGGUGUUGCAAGACUGCACUUGGAACUACAAAAUCCCUACAAUAGACACUAUACCAUUACAGUUUAAUGUUCAAAUCCUCAACAGUGGUCACCACCAGCAUCGAGUUCUCUCUUCAAAAGCAUCUGGGGAGCCACCAUUAGUUCUAGCAGCUUCAAUUCACUGUGCCACAAGAGCAGCAGUGAAAGAAGCAAGG